AUGAGGAUUCGCUGCAGCAAGGCUUCUGGGGUUAGCUGUGACGACGAUGACAAGACAAUGAUGCUGAUGAAAUUUCUGUCUGUGGAGCAGGCACGGAAGUCCUGGCUGAAGGCCUGGUCUAGAGUGGCCCAGAUGGCCCGCAUUGCGACGGCGAUGGCAGAGGUGGAGGUGGGGGCGGCAGUGGAGCUCAGCGGGCUGCCCCCCGACAUCCCCGAUGAGCUGCUCACGCUCUACUUUGAGAACCACCGACGCUCUGGGGGAGGACCUGUGUUGAGUUGGCAGAGACUUGGCCGCGGGGGUGUACUUACCUUUCGAAAGCCUGAAGAUGCAGCGAGGGUCUUGGCCCAGGAGGAGCACACACUUGAUGGUGCUCGGCUGAGCCUGCGGCCAGCCCCACCACGCGCCCCUGCACGCCUGCUGCUCCAAGGACUGCCCCCUGGCACUGCACCCCAGCGCCUGGAGCAGCAUGUCCAGGCCCUGCUGCGUGCCACAGGGCACCUGGAGCAGCCCUGCCAUGCCCUGGCCAGUCCCCGGCCAGAUCGGGCCCUGGUCCAGCUGCCCAAGCCCCUCUCUGAGGCAGAAGUCUGUGUCCUGGAGGAGCAGGCCCGGGCCCUGAGCCUGGAGGGGGCUGAGGUAUCCCUGGCCCGGGUGCCCCAGGCCCGAGCGGUGCGUGUGGUGGGAGGCAUCGCCCCCGCAGACCUGCUGCUGCUGGAGCUGUACCUGGAGAAUGAGCGCCGCAGUGGCGGGGGCCCCCUGGCGGGCCUGCGCAGCCUGCCCGGGCGCCUGGGCACCGUGGUGUCCUUCCAGCACUGGCAGGUGGCCGAGCGGGUGCUGCAGCAGGACCACCAGCUGCAGGGCUCAGAGCUGAGCCUUGUCCCCCACUAUGACGUCCUGGACCCUGAGGAGCUUGCCGAGGACACCAGUGAAGGGGACCACCUGCCCGAGUUGGGGUCUGGGGCCGCUGAUCAUGCUCUCUCAGAGGCUGGAGGGCCGGAGAGGGCACUGAAGGGUGCAGGGACUGUGACAUUGGGCUCUGAGGAGGCACCAGGGCAACCAGGAGCCUCUCUAAGGACAGGUCCCAUAGAGUCUCUGGGGCAGUCCAGGCCAGUCAGCUUGGGGCCCCGGGGGACUUCAGAACAGGAGGGGCCCAUGAGCCUGGGGACUGCGGGGCCUCCAGAGCAGGCAGGACUGGUAAGCCUGGGGUCUAUAGGGUCUCCAGGCCCAGUGGGCUCAGUUGAGAUCGCCAUGGGGUCUCCGGAGCAGGUGGGGUCAGUGAGCCUGGGGCCUGUGGGGUCGCCAGGGCAGGAGAGCCUGGUAGAGAUGGUAUUGUCGAUGGAGCCGGGAGCAAUGCGCUUCAUACAAGUCUAUCAUGAGGACCUUCUUGCUGGUCUGGGAGAUGUUGCCAUUUUCCCACUCGAAGGAUCAGAUGUGACUGGCUUUCGGCUCUGUGGAGCCCUGGCUCCGUGCCAGGCAGCCAAGGAGUUUCUGCAAAGUCUGCUAGGCAGCAUUAGCUGUCACGUGCUGAGCCUGAAGCACCCGGGCAGCGCCAGGUUCCUGCUAGGCCCAGAGGGGCAGCACCUGCUUCAGGGGCUGGAGGCUCAGUUCCAGUGUGUCUUUGGGACGGAGCGUCUGGCUGGGGCCACCCUGGACACAGACCCUGGAGAGGUGGACCCCACUGAGGCCCUCCAGGCCCUCCCUGGCCUCUCCCACACCCUGUGGCCCCCAGACAGUACAGGCGGUGACCAGGAGAACGUGGGCCUGGAGGAGGUCCGAGAGCUGCUGGCCACCCUGGAGGGCCUGGAGGGGGAGGACUGGCUGCCCCUGGAGCUGGGGGAGGAGCAACCAGAUGAGGAGGCGACUCCAGGGUGCUUCGAGGAGGAGCCUGCACCCAGGGCUGGGGAGGAGCCCCUGGCCGCCAGCACUGGGGCUCCUGGGCAGCUGGAGGAGGAGGCCGCACUGCAGCUGGCUCUCCACCGGUCACUGGAGCCACAAGGCCAGGUGGCUGAGCAGGAGGAGGCUGCUGCUUUGCAGCGAGCCCUGGCCCUCUCCCUGCUGGAGCCACCCCGGUUGGAGGCAGCAGAGCUCCUGGGUGGGGGGACUGGUGGCCAGGCCCAGCUGGUGGUGCAUGUGACCUUUGAGCAGGACAUGGAUGAGCUGGAGCAGGCACUAGGGGCUGCCUUGGAGGUGCACCUCUGGGAGGAGACGGUGGGGCCCCAGGGCUACACGCUACCCGCAGAGCUGCGUGCCCGCCUGGAGCAGUGCCACGGUGUGAAUGUUUCUGUUCGAGGUGACUGUAUCGUUCUCCGUGGCUUUGGGGUCCAGCCCACCCGUGCAGCCCGCCACUUAGCAGCACUGCUGCCUGGCCCCCUGGAUCAGAGUUUGGCCCUUCCCUUGGCAGCUUCAGGCCCCACCUUGCCAGAGGAGAGGCUGAAGAGGCCCUUGGGCAGGCUGGAGUGUCUGGCUGAGAGGAGCAAGGAGUUCCAGGAGGUGGUGCGGGCCUUCUAUGACACCCUGGAUGCUGCCCACAGCAGGACCCGCAUUGUCCGGGUGGAGCGAGUGUCGAACCCGCUGCUGCAGCAGCAGUACGAGCUGCACCGGGAGCGCCUGGAGCAGCACUGCGAGCGGCGCCCAGCCGAGCAGGUCUUGUACCAUGGCACAUCGGCGCAGGCCGUCCCGGACAUCUGCGAGCAUGGCUUCAACCGCAGCUUCUGCGGCCGCAACGGCACGCUCUACGGGCAGGGCGUAUACUUCGCCAAGCGCGCCUCCCUGUCGGUGCAGGACCGCUACUCGCCCCCCAACGCUGACGGCCACAAGGCCGUGUUCGUGGCGCGGGUACUGACCGGCGACUACGGCCAGGGCCGCCAGGACUUGCGGGCACCCCCUCCGCGGGCCCCUGGCCACGUGCUCCUGCGCUACGACAGCGCGGUGGACUGCCUCCGCCAGCCCAGCAUCUUCGUCAUCUUCCACGACACCCAGGCGCUGCCCACCCACCUCAUCACGUGCGAGCACGUGCCCCCGUCUCCCUCCGGGGAACCCUUUGGGCUCUUGGGCCACUCCCCAGCCACCUAACCCUAGAGAGCCCCCUCGGCCCAGGCUCUGGCCUCCUGUUUCCCCGGCUUCGCACAGGCUUCCUGCCCCUUCGGCCGCCUGAGGUGCCCCUGGGGGCGCCCCUGCCUCCUGCUGUCGCGCAGGGGCCGGCGGUGCGGACGAGGAGGGCUGGAGCCGUGUCCCCGCCUGGGCCGGGUCCCCGCCUGGGCCGGCCCAACCACCAGGGGUCAGCAGAGCCCAGGAAGAGGGUGGGCCGGCCCGACACCGUCCGCCUCGGCCAGACCUCUCCGGAGCGCGACUCCGCCGUUUGAAUAAACGUGUACGUGAAACCAGGCGGA